AUGGAGAGGGGGAAGAUGGCGGAGCUGGAGAGCCUGGAGACGGCGGCGGAGCAUGAGCGGAUCCUGCGGGAGAUCGAGAGCACGGACACGGCCUGCAUCGGCCCCACGCUCAGGUCUGUCUAUGAUGGAGAAGAACACGGACGUUUCAUGGAGAAACUGGAAGCAAGAAUUAGGAACCAUGAUCGUGAGAUUGAGAAAAUGUGCAACUUCCAUUACCAGGGCUUUGUGGACUCCAUCACAGAGCUGCUGAAAGUUAGAGGAGAAGCUCAAAAACUGAAGAAUCAAGUGACGGACACCAACCGAAAGCUGCAGAAUGAAGGGAAAGAACUGAUAAUAGCAAUGGAAGAGCUGAAGCAAUGCCGGUUGCAGCAGAGAAACAUUUCAGCGACGGUCGAUAAGCUAACCCUGUGUCUUCCUGUCCUGGAGAUGUACAGCAAAUUGCGGGAGCAAAUGAAAUCGAAAAGACACUACCCUGCACUGAAGACCCUGGAGCACCUUGAGCACACAUACCUGCCCCAAGUGAGCCACUACCGCUUCUGCAAGAUCAUGGUGGAUAAUAUCCCAAAGCUGCGGGAAGAGAUCAAAGAAGUUUCCAUGUCAGACCUCAAGGAUUUCCUGGAGAGCAUCCGCAAGCACUCGGACAAGAUUGGAGAGACAGCAAUGAAACAGGCACAGCAGCAAAGAAACCUGGACAAUAUUGUAUCCCAGCAUCCCAGGAUAAGCGGGGGGAAGAAGUCCAAGAAAGAAGGCUGCGCAAGCUCCGAGCUGGAGGUAAAAAACACUAGCCCCAUGUCUGAGCAAGAUUCGGGUAUCCUGGAUGUUGAAGAUGAGGAUGAGGAUGAAGAGGUGCCUGGAGCCCAGGAACUGGUGGACUUUUCUCCAGUGUACCGAUGCCUACACAUAUACUCCGUGCUGGGUGCCCGUGAAACCUUUGAGAACUACUACAGGAAGCAGAGAAGAAAACAAGCCAGAUUGGUCCUACAGCCUCCUUCAAACAUGCAUGAAACUUUAGAUGGCUACAGGAAGUAUUUUAAUCAAAUUGUAGGGUUUUUUGUAGUGGAAGAUCAUAUCCUGCACACCACACAGGGCUUGGUGAAUCGAGCCUACAUCGAUGAGCUGUGGGAGAUGGCUCUGUCCAAGACCAUCGCAGCGCUAAGAACACAUUCGUCCUAUUGCUCGGACCCCAGCCUGGUGUUAGACUUGAAGAACCUCAUUGUCCUCUUUGCAGAUACACUCCAGGGAUAUGGCUUCCCAGUGAACCAGCUCUUUGACAUGCUGUUGGAGAUCCAAGACCAGUACAGUGAAACCCUGCUGAAGAAAUGGUCAGGGGUUUUCAGAAACAUACUUGACUCAGAUAACUACAGCCCCAUCCCAGUGACAAAUGAAGAGGUUUAUAAGAAAAUAGUUGGACAGUUCCCAUUCCAGGAUGCAGAACUUGAAAAGCAACCAUUUCCAAAGAAGUUUCCCUUUUCUGAGUUUGUGCCUAAGGUUUACAAUCAGAUUAAGGAAUUCAUCUAUGCCUGUCUCAAGUUCUCAGAAGACCUUCACCUGAGCUCCACUGAAGUUGAUGAUAUGAUUAGAAAAUCUACCAAUCUGCUGCUGACCCGAACGCUGAGCAACUGUUUACAGAACGUCAUCAAGAGGAAAAACGUGGGGCUGACAGAGCUUGUACAGAUUAUUAUAAAUACGACCCACUUGGAGAAGUCCUGCAAGUUCCUAGAGGAAUUCAUCACCAAUAUCACUAAUGUGCUCCCAGAAACUGUCCACACUACAAAACUCUAUGGGACCACAACCUUCAAGGACGCCCGCCACGCUGCCGAGGAGGAGAUUUACACUAACCUGAACCAGAAGAUAGACCAAUUCCUGCAGCUGGCAGACUACGACUGGAUGGCCAUGGAGCCGGGCAGCAAGGCCAGCGACUACCUUGUGGACCUCAUUGGCUUUCUGCGCAGCACCUUUGCUGUGUUCACCCACCUGCCGGGGAAGGUGGCACAGACUGCUUGCAUGUCAGCGUGCAAACACCUCUCCACCUCGCUGAUGCAGCUGCUGCUGGAAGCUGAAGUGAGGCAGCUGACACUGGGGGCCUUGCAGCAGUUCAACCUGGACGUGGAGGAGUGUGAACAGUUUGCCAGAUCCGGCCCAGUGCCUGGGUUCCAAGGGGACACGCUGCAGUUGGCCUUCAUCGACUUGAGACAACUCUUAGAUCUCUUCAUCCAGUGGGACUGGUCGACAUAUUUGGCUGACUAUGGACAACCCACGUGCAAAUAUCUCCGUGUGAACCCGACCACAGCCCUCAUCCUGCUGGAAAAGAUAUCACGAGUGAUGAGGGACACGAGCAGGAAAAACAACGUUUUUGCCCAGUUUCGGAAAAACGAGAGGGACAAGCAGAAGCUGAUAGACACCGUGGCCAAGCAGCUCCGCAGCCUGAUCAACAGCCAUCACUCCUGA